GCUACAUAAUUUUUAAUCAGGCAUCUGUGGGUCACCAGCCGUCGGUCGGGUCUUUAGAGUUCCACACAUCUACGCAAUCACUUCAAGAACUCAAUGGUGACGGUUUACAUGCGAGAUCGUGAUUGGAUUUAAAGAAUGGCAGGCCUCGCCAGGGAUCUGUACACCGCGUCUAAUCUCUCACAGAUAUACACUGGAUUUGUGUUUGUGUAGCGUCACGUCGGAUAUCUGAGCUCAUACGAGGCGUCCCAACACACAGAGACACCAUGUACUGCCUCCAGUGGUUACUCCCGGUCCUCCUGAUCCCCAAACCCUUAAAUCCAGCCCUGUGGUUCAACCACUCCAUGUUCAUGGGCUUCUACCUGCUCAGCUUCCUGUUGGAGAGGAAGCCGUGUACCAUUUGUGCCUUAGUCUUCCUGGCGGCGUUGUUUCUCAUCUGCUACAGCUGCUGGGGAAACUGCUUUCUGUACCACUGCCAUGAUUCUCCACUGCCAGACUCAGCACAUGACCCCAGCAUUGUGGGCACCUAGACUCGGGUUUCCUGCAUGGACACAUCCAUGCUGGGAAGUUUUGGUUCUUUAUACCCAAAUCGACAUCCGCUCUCUGCUGUAACCGGUAACAACCCUGACUUGAAUCUCCUCGCCGUGGCGCAGGGGCGUCUGAAGCUUGCAUGGGUUCCAUUCUUUCAUUUCUGGAUGCUGAAUUUUUCCAAAGGGGUAGAUAAUGAUGUGUGCGUGUUUGUAUGUUGCGAUUUUGGGUUUCUGUUCAUGUGUCAAUAAUCAGUAUGAGUCCAAGUGUUAAGCGAAUCGACGCCAGAUGAGUUUUGUCACGCAACUUGAGCUGGAGGCGUGCUUCUGCACUGCUGAGUUAGCUCAAAUGCUGUCUCCACUUUUAAUUCAAUAAAGUUUCUAAUGAUCAACAUCGA